AUGGAUCAGUCGAUAUUUUGUUCUUGAACACUUUGCAACGCGCCAUGGCUGCUGUAAAGCUGUUACUUUUUGUAUCCAUUCUGGCUACCCUGUCUUUAUCCGUAAAUGCCGGCCUUCUGGACUAUAUUUAUCCUGCCCUUAUGACGGAGUUUUAUAGUCAAGUGCCCACCAAGUUGGGAUAUCGUUUCAACUUGGAGGAGCCAAAUGGCAGCAAACGUGAGGAGAUUGGCGUGGUCAUGAACCCAGACACGCCGGACGAGCAACUUGUGAUAAUGGGUAUGUACACAGUGUACGACGAGAAGACCGAUACCGAAACGGUGACGAUGUACACAGCCGAUAAGGAUGGUUACAAGCCAAGAUAUAUGAUCAAGAAUCGUAAAAUAAGUGCGAAAGCUUUAAUGUCCGGUGCGGGUUAACUGAUAAUGUAACUGAUUAUCCAAUAAGUCUGGGCAGGCGUAGAAUUACACAUGCAUACUUAAGUACAUUGGCUUUUUAGGCGAAAUAAAAUUUCAUUUAUUUUUCAUUUAUUUAAGUUAUUCCAUUGCAAAUUCUGAUUGUUAAAAGCAUACAAAGACAUACAUACAUAUGUACAUAUAUAUUCAUACACUACAUUUCAAGUACUUUCAAAUAAAUUCAAUUUGUUGCAAAACUAA